UUUUCAUUUAUUGAUUUCCUCAUAGAGGAAUAUAUUUAUAUAAUAAUCCUAAUUGACCAUGUAUGAAUAAACCAUAUAUUUAUGAGUACACCAGAUAUGUGCAAAUUACUUAAAGCAUGUAUGAAUAAACCAUAUGUAUGAAUAAUAUAUUUUUUUUGCAGAUGUAGGGUGUCCUAGCAUUGUGUCAUACAUGAAUGUUGGUUAGAAACUAAAAGCAUGUAUGUAUUAAGUUUGUGUUACAAUCGUAUAUGAAUAAACCAUAUGGAGUUCAACUGAUAAAGAAAAAAAUGAAUAUAAUCAGAUCCAGUCCAGAAACACUAAAUCAGAAGUAAAAAAAAAAAAAUCCAAUCUUCUCCUUAAAGAAAAGAAUAAUGUAGAACUUAAAUAACCCAACUUGCAUUUCCUGUUUACAGAAAAUGAAUAAACCAAUAUUCUACCAGAAAUGCCAACUGGGUUAGCUCAAUAAUCCAAUAAAAGAAUCAAUUAUUGUUGGAUGUGAUGAAUCCUUAUAUUUAAUACAUAGCAAUGAUAUAACAGUAAACAAAUUGAAAUAAUUAAUUACAUGAAUGACUUAAUUAACUGACCUUGAAAGGAUUGAGUAAAGAUCAAUAUUAUCUAUCCAAAGUCUCAAACUCAGAAGAACCUCCCAUGAAUCAAAACCUCAGGCAAACAAAAAUCAAAACCUUCUACAAGAGCUCCCGAAUCCUUGUCAGAUAUGCUUUUAUCCAUUCUCAAGCCGACAACAACCCUGCCAUGUGCCUCCAUAAAAAAUUGAUCAAGCAAAGUUUCAGGAUUCUUCAUAUAUUACGUAGCUAGAUUUUUUUUCAGAGUUUUUUGGUCGUCAAACAAAACAUUAGUUAUAGUAUUUUUAAUGAGUAAAGUUUCAGAUAUUUAGCAUAAGUUUCCACUAGUAUAUAUGCAUGUAUGUAAAUAAAUAUACUGCCCCUCCUCGUAUUCGUACAUCUCUGCAACUGUGAACAUUAGUUCAUUGAUCUCAGCUUUUCCAGCCAUAUGGAGUUACUUAAAGCAUGUAUGAAUAAACCAGCAUGAUAUGAGCGUAAAAAAUUACUUAUGUCUGAAACAAUAUAUAUUAUAGCUAGGACACCCUACAUCUGCAACUCUAUUUAUUGUAAUGAUGUAUUUUCAUUAUAGUAGUAAUUUUAAAUACAUGUUUUCUAUUUAUUAAUUCUUUAUAAUUUUUUGAGCACACGUCAGUAGGACUGAAUUUUAAAUUAUUUUAUACUCCUUUAAUUUAUUUCUUUUUAUUAUAUGUACGAUUUUGAAAGCAAAAUUUAUUUUUAUGCAAUUGAUAUAUUGGUCCUGGGUCUUAUAGUAGAGCCUUAAACCUGAACCAGAUGUUAAAUUGUUAAUACAUGGCUUCUUAGCUAGGAUAAAGAGUACACUGGUGCUACCAAGUUAAACAGUAUAAUUAAGAUGGAUAUAUCCUGGCAUUGAUUAGUGUUUCAAUAUAUAAACAUAAAAAAGAGAGGACUACAUACGAAGGAAGAAAGUGCAUAUACGUGGUCCUUUUCUGCCUUCACAUCUUGCUUUGUCUUUUUUUUUUCUUGAGUAUGACACAUGUUUGAUAAGAGAUGUUAAUGAUGUAUUUGAAUUUCUAUUGAUUGUUCAAUUGAAUUUUUAUCAUUAUUCUUGAUAAGCAUAUGCAUCAGCUUCUUAAUUAAUCCUUUGUUAUUAUAUUAUUUUUCUUUUAGUUAUAUAGUGUGGAUAGUCAAGAAAUGGAAAGUAGUAUAGUUAAUGCUUCGGCUACUUCAAGAAAACGUAGAAGAGAUGAAGAGGAGGAAGAAGAACUUGAACAAAUAUUUUUCAUUAUUGUUAGUGUUGUCACUAUGCUUUUGGGUGCACUGACUUGGUAUCAUGACAAGUAUUUUGUUAAGGAACCUGCCCGAAAUUUGGAAUUAGAAAGGCAUAGUUUCCUCAAUCGUCUAUACAGGGGAACAGAAACUGAUUGCAUUGAACAAUUAAGGGUCAGUAAAAAGGCAUUUUUUAAGCUUUGUAGAAUUUUACAAGAGAAAGGGCAAUUGGUAAAAACAAAAAAUGUUCCUAUAGAUGAAGCUGUGGCAAUGUUUUUGCAUAUCCUUGCUCACAACCUAAAGUAUAGAGUUGUGCACUUUAGUUAUUGUAGAUCCAUGGAAACAAUUAGUAGGCAAUUCAAGAAUGUCCUGCGAGCUAUAAUGAAAGUAAGCAAAGAAUAUUUGAAGUUCUAUGAGUAUAAUCUAGAGGGCUCGGUGGAAAACAAAUGGAGAUGGUUUAAGAAUUCGAUUGGAGCACUUGAUGGGAUACAUAUUCCAGUAACAGUUUCUGCAGAAGAUAGACCUAGAUAUCGUAAUAGAAAGGGUGAUAUCUCUACAAAUGUUUUAGGAGUUUGUGGUCCAGAUUUAAGGUUUAUAUAUGUGUUGCCCGGGUGGGAAGGGUCAGCAGGAGAUUCUCGAGUAUUGCGAGAUGCUUUGCGUCGUCAAAAUUGUCUCCAUAUACCAAAUGGUAAAUAUUUUCUUGUGGAUGCGGGGUAUACAAAUGGCCCUGGAUUUUUAGCACCUUAUCGAGGGACUAGAUAUCAUCUUAAUGAGUGGAUCGGAAACACUCCUCAAAACUACAAGGAGUUAUUUAAUCUUCGUCAUGCAAGUGCAAGGAAUGUUAUUGAAAGGUCAUUUGGGGUAUUGAAGAAAAGAUGGAGUAUAUUAAGAACUCCUUCUUUUUUUGAUAUAAAAACACAAAUAAGAAUUAUUAAUGCUUGUUUCAUGCUACAUAAUUUCAUAAGAGAUGAACAACAUAGUGAUCCAAUUUUGGAAGCCCAAGACUUGGAACUUUUAUCUAUUGUUGAUAAUGAGUUAAUCAAUCAACAAAUGGAAAGAGUCACAAAUAAUAUUGGAGAUGAAGUCACAACUAUCCAAGCAACUGAGGAAUGGACAAGAUUCCGUGAUACUUUAGCAAUGAAUAUGUUUGCCACCUAUCAAAUAAGAAGAAACUUUGAUUAGAGAGAUGUUUUUAGUGGAUUUGGAUUUUGUUUCUUAUGUGUAAUUGACUCUAUACUCAUGUAUGUGUGAUACUUUGGAUUUUUGUAUUUCAUAAUACUUUGGAUUUUGUUUUCUUUCUAUGUGUAGUUAAUUUUAUACUUUC